AUGAAAGCUUAUGGAUCUGACGGAGAAAGUGCCCUCAUAAAAGCGUUGGAGUUAGAGUUUCCAUUUGCCCUCGGUUUCCUCUGUCGAACACACAUUGCGCGUAACAUUGAACACAAGAUCAAAUCUGAUCUACAUCUGUCAAACAGUUUCUACACAACAGUUGUAAAAGAUGUGUUUGGUGAUAAGCAGCACCAAGGAUUGGUGAAUUGUAACAAUCGUGCUGAAUUUGAUUUGAAUCUAUCCAAACUCAAGGUGAAGUGGGACAGGCUGGAGCAGCAAGAAAGGAAAAAGAAAAAGAUGCCAGAUGAUGCGAAAUUUUUCUUUUAUUUUGAAAAAAACAAGGCCGACGCGAUUUACCACCACUGCCGACCAGAUCUUCUUCGAGAAGUUGGCAUCCAAGAGGACAUGUUUGACAAUAAUGCACCGGAGUCCAUGAAUGCUUCCUUGAAAACCUGGUUAGAAGGUAAGAGAAAAGAUGUCUCACAGGUUAUCACUGAUAUUCGUGGAUUUGUGAUGAAACAGCGCCAUGAUGUUGGCAAAGCAUUUUCUGAAAUGUCAGGCUCAUACGUACUGAAGGAGGAGUACAAAUAUGCAAAAAUGCCUUCAGACUUUUGGUCUCUAGAACCCUCCACAAGAAAGCAGCUUCUUGACAAGGUAUCAGAUGUUCCAAUGAAAACUGUUGAUACAGGUGAAGUUCAAGGUAAUUCCCUUAACACAGAGCUUUCAAAGCUUACCGCAAAGUUUUCUGAUGUACAUGUAGCUGCAUUGAAAGACAAGGCAGAGACAAUCUUAAAUGGGAAUAUUCGACAGGGUUUCAGUGGGCCUAAAUCACGUAUCGUUCCAAGUGAGUCAGGCGGUCAACCACACGUUAUAAAGUGUGUCGAUGGCCACAAAUAUGUUUGCACUACACCUUGUCUCCAAUUCAAGAUGCACGCGGUAUGCUCGCAUUCAUUGGCUGCAGCUGCUGAUAACCACGACCUCCGUUGUUUCGUUUCAAUGUAUCUUGAAAAAGACAAAUCUGCUAAUCUAACUGCGGGAUCGAUGGCAAAAACAACUCGCCAUGCGGGGGAAAAGCCUGGUCAUACUGCCAGGAAAAGGAAUAAGCGGAAAGAAUCAGUUGAAAACGUGCAAAGAGUUACGUUGGGAGAAGUACUAAGAGAAAUUCCUCCUGAUUGCACCCAACUGCGAUAUUCAGCAGAGGCUUGUGAUCCCCAUAGCUUGAAAGUAAAGUUAACUCGUGUUACUGCCACACGACCGGAGAAACCAGUAGUCCGACCAACUGAGAGCACUCCAGUUGAGCUCAUACAAAUCAGCGGGAACAUAAGGAAAUGUGCAGGCUGCAGAGGUGAUUUGAAGAAUGGCCCAACCUCUCGAUCUAUGCAAGACGUAUCCUCACUGGAUCUGGAUUCGCAGUAUUGCAUAAGGCAUAAAGAAGAAGAUUAUGUAUUUAUUGCAAAAACAAAUCAAUGGCUCAUGAAAUUUGAAAAUAAACACUACCACAUAAACAGAUCUUGUAUCGUUGGGCGAAAUCCAAAUUUCCAAGCAAACAACCUGCAGAUAAUGCUACCUCACACCAUGAGCCUAGAACUAAGAAAUUUUCGUUGUAUCACGUCUUUAAACUGA